AUGGGAUCACACUCGCUUCUAUGGUGCAGUAGCCAGCAUCCCGCUGAUGUCGCCGUUUUGGCAGCUGGUGUGAGAUAUCUGGAGCAAGUCUCUGGAUCCUCGCCUUUGCAAAAGGAUAUUCAGCGCCGUAUACGUCCAGACCCUACCAUUGAUCUUUUGGAUCUAAGUCAAGCAAAGGAAGAAGUGAAGAAGACAUGCUUGACAGAGUAUCAUCCCUGUAGAACUUGCGCAAGGGGUGAGGUCGUUGACGAGAGGCUCAGGGUUCGUGGGGUUAAGGGACUCCGUGUUGUAGAUGCAAGUAUAUUCCCAAGCCAUAUCAGUGGAAACAUUAUGGCCACUGUUUAUGCGGUGGCCGAGAGGGCUGCAGAUCUCAUUAAGCAAGAUGCAGUUUGA